AUGAGCUGCGAGCAAGAGAGGAAGACGGACGAGCUGGGGUCCAAGCGCUGCUCCAAGAGAUGCACGUCUGAUCUCGACUGUAUGAGUGCCAGGAAAAAGUGUAUGUGUGACGGCAGGUGCGGCAAGAGCUGUAUCAACCCCAAUCUCAGAUGCUACCCUACCCCACAAGACAUCCCACACGGUCGCGUAGAGAUCAAACCUUACAACAAAUUUGAAGCAGUCGCCGCCUACACGUGCAAUGAGGGCUACACACUUGUGGGUCUACCUGCACGUGUUUGUCAGGGGGACGAGACCUGGAUGGGACCAGAGCCGCACUGUGAGCCAAACCACGGACUUAUGGACAGGAACAAAGACUGCGGGCCGCCACCCCCCGCCCACCACGCCAAACACAACGGCUCCCCGGGCCAGCUCCGGUUCCAACUGGGCACCUACCUGCUCUACAUCUGUGACCAAGGCUUCACCCCCCUCAAAGACAGCGUCGACAGGGCGUGGUGUGUGGGGGGAGGGGUCUGGGUGGGGCCAAACCUAACAUGCACAACUGCCGGCUGUACCGUGCCCCCAGACAUCCCCAACGGCUUCGUGCACAUGGUGGGGCAGAACGUGAUGGGCAGCAAGAUCAAGUACUCCUGCAGGAUGGGCUACUACCUGGCUGGCAUCGCCGAGAGGACCUGUCUCAAGGACGGCACGUGGGACGGGACGGCACCCACCUGCGAGCAAGUGGUGUGCGGCCCCCCGCCCUUUAUUGAAAACGCUUACCAUGACCUUCCCAAAGAACAGAUGACCUUCAUGACCGGAACUCAGCUGGUGUACGAGUGCUCGUUCGGCUUCUACAGGGAGGGGGCGCCCCGGGCCAUCUGCAGCGGUGCCGAGGGCAAGUGGAUAGGGCCCAAUAUGUCUUGCAAAGCCCGAGACUGCGGGGACCCAGGGGAGAUCGCUCACGGCUGGCGUGACCCAGGCUACAGGUUCGUGUACCCCACCCGUGUGACGUACCACUGCUCUGAGGGCUACGAGCUGAGGGGGAGGCCCUACAGGGAGUGUAAGGCCAACGGCGAGUGGUCGGACGGGAGGCCGGAGUGUGAACCCAUCCGCUGUAGUGAGCUGAGUCCUUCCUACCUGGCUACGAUGAUCGGGACAGGCACCAGCUACGGCACGGUCAUCAGGUUCGCCUGCCCCAGCGGCUACAAGAUCGUCGGCUCCAGCGAGAGGUCAUGUCAGGCGGACAGGACCUGGAGCGGUCAGGACGCCACGUGUGAAGAUAUCAACUGCGGAAUGCCAGAGCCUCUGUGGAACGGGAAACUUGACGGCCACCGAACCAACGUAGGCGCCAUUUACUUCUUCACCUGUUUUGACAACACCAAGUUCGUGGGGACGUCACAAACGACGCAGUGUUUAGAGACUGGGCAGUGGUCAGAGCCCACCCCCAAAUGUUUAAGGCAUUGUCCCCUACCGACGAUAGCAAACGGCACCAUCGCAGGUGUCGGGGGUCGGGCCUUUGUUGAACAUGGCACCGUGGUGGAGCUGAGGUGUCUCCACGGUCUGGUGCUGAGUGACCUGCGUCCAGUCGAGUGUGACAACGGCAGCUGGGCACACAUCCCGCGCUGUGUACCAGCCCCCUGUAAAGACCCCCCGCCCACCAUCGAGAACGGACACCGGACAUUCUUCGAACAGAGCCACGGCACCCGUGUCCGGUACUUCUGUAUGGCCGGCUACAAGCUGGCGGACGGUCACCGGUUCAUGGUGUGUGAGAACGGCCUGUGGCAGGGGCAGCUACCCGUGUGUGUAGAGAAUUACUGCGCAAAUCCUGGCAGCCUCCAAAAUGGCAGCGUGUAUAAAGUGGGUAAACACGGCAAGUUCCUGUUCCAAGACUACAUCACCACCAUCAAGCACGGCGACAGGCUGGUGUAUGAGUGCAACAGGAACUUCAAACUGGUAGGGCCUAAGGGCGCAGCUUGUGUCAAUGGAAACUGGAGUCCCAAGGAAAAGCCCGUCUGUGAAAAAUCCAGUCAUCCUCUCUUUAGGAAGCUCUGGAAGCCGUAUGAGGAAAAUGGGAAUUCUCGAGGAAAUUUAUUUUAUUGAUUCGCAUCUGCAUUUUAUUAAAUCUUAUAUU